AUGGUGCAGAUGCGGCUGCGACUGCCAGUCGCCACCUCGGAGUCGGCAUGCCCUCUUUGCGACGGUGUGGCGGAUUUGUAUGGUGAGCAUGCUCGGGCUUGUCCCUGCGGCGGCGACCGCACCAAGCGCCACAAUCGCCUCCGCCGCGCUGGCCUCAGCCCCGAGCUUGAGAAGCCUGGGCUGCUGCCGCCCCGCUUGGACGAUGCUGGCUUCCCGGAAGAUGGUGUCCGCUCCACCUGUGCUAGGCGACCUGCCGAUGUUUGGGUCCCUAGCUGGGGCAUGCACGGGCCGGCGGCCUUUGACCUGGCAGUGACGGUGGGGCUUCGUCCAGGCCGCCAUGCGGCUGUUGCUGUGGCUGCGGACCGCCCAGCCGCGGACUAUGAAGCCCGCAAAUCCUCUCAUCUGAACACCAGGGCGGUUUGCGAGGCUCAGGGGCUUCAAUUCAUCCCGCUGGUUGUGGAGGCUAGCGGUGGCUGGGCCCCUUCCGCAGUACGGACCUGGAAAGAGUUGGCUGCGGCGCUGGCUUUGCGGACAGGGGAACCGGUGUCUCAGGAAUCUGACCGCUUGUACCAAGCCCUGGCGAUCUCUCUGCAGCGGGAGAACGCCCGGGCGGUACUGCGUCGGAUCCCUGAAACGCCCGUCCACGAGCCGCCGUUGGCUGACCCAUGA